AUGCGUGCGUGUUACGUCGUGAUCUCAGCCGCAGUCACCUUUCAAGUCCACAGCAAGACUGUGUUCGCAUUGACUACCUUGAAACAGAACCAGUUUGCUACCGACGAUUCGACACUCUCCAUCGACACUGCUCAGACUACCGGUGCUAAUAAGAGAUCACUACGUACGCUUGAUGCUAGUGCCAUCACCAAGAUGGUCAAGGUUCCCAAAACCAUUACCAUUGAUGAGCUGUUUAACAUCCAGAAGCUCGACGAGGCCCUCGACCCGAAGCGCGCCGACGAUAUUCUCGCCAAGAAACCUCUUGGCGGUUGGCUUGACAAGAACACGCUUGACGAAGUUCUCAAAGGAAAUUUAGCGCAGAAAAAGAAAGUGUUUGAGGAAUGGCGCGCGAACAAAAGAACCGGUAGGAUGAUCAAUCUGCUCAUCAAGUCUGAUCCAGCCAUUGAGAAGAAGUAUAGAUUUGUCUACAAGGUGUAUGCUGGCUAUCUCAAGAAGAUUUACCGCGAGGAGAACCUGGCGAAGCGACUUGCUGACACCACCUGA